GGUGUGUGCCUGUGUUGUGUGCAGAAACCAAAGUGCGAGCCGGAGGCAGAGUGACGGGAAGUCGCACGUUAAUAAAUCCCUGAAUUUGCUUAGGUCUAAGCGCGCUCGGAAGGAGCGAGUAGCUCUCAGUUUUUGCAAAGUUCUAAAUCUAAAGCGAAGGAGAAGCCCAAACAAACGAGCUCUUCUCUCCCCCGUUCUCCCAAUCCGGCCCCCUUCAGCCCUGCGUGGAUCAGCGUGGGAAAUAUGCUCCCCUAGUAGGCAUGCUGUGUUUUGUUUGCUUCUAGUCCUCAUGACUUCAGGGUAACUGUGAAAACAUCUCAUAAUAAGAACCGGUGCAACAUCUGUCAAUAGUACAGAGGCGUCUCUUGGCUCGCUUUGGACCUGCAGUAGCACAAUUAGGGGCUUGAGCUGUUUGAAAGCCAGCAAGAAGUUUGAGGCCUAUCUGUGAGGCUGCAGGAGUACAAUUUGGUCCCUCCAGAAUUGAACAGAAUCUCUUCACCCACCCACCACGACUUCUGUACACAGGAGCUCACGUUUGUUGCAAAAAUGCCCAUUUUGAAGCAACUAGUGACAAAUUCUGCUAACUCCAAGCGCCGCUCUCGGGCCGACCUGACAGCAGAGAUGAUCAGCGCUCCCCUUGGCGAUUUCCGUCACACCAUGCAUGUGGGCCGGGCUGGUGAUGCCUUUGGAGACACCUCCUUCCUCAACAGCAAGGCUGGGGAGGGGGAACAGGAGGUCACAGAGGAAGUGAAUUCCUCAUCCAAACCUGGCCUGCUGUCACGUAAGUUCCGCAGCAGCAAACGAUCUCAGUCCGUAACACGUGGUGAACGGCGAGAUAUGCUGGGCUCUCUGAGGGAUUCUGCAAUUUUUGUGAAGAAUGCCGUCUCCCUCCCACAGCUCACUGAAAAGGAACCUGACAGGAGUGGUGGAAAACAGCUCCCCAAGAGCCUUUCCUCCAGCCCUGUCAAAAAAGCAUCUGAGGAGAAGACUCCGGAAGAGAAACAUAUGAACGGUGGUGCUGCUGCCCUUGGCUCUGGGCCUCACAGUCCUGGCUUGGAAGAGCGGGACUUUGGUGACAUAACUGACUUGCCCUUGGUAGUACCCAAGAGCAGCUACGGCAUGAAGCAUGCAGAGUCAAUUAUGUCUUUCCAUAUUGAUCUGGGGCCGUCCAUGUUGGGGGAUGUCUUGAGCAUCAUGGAUAAGGACCCAUGGGAACAAGAGGAUUCUGGUUAUCAUGGUGUGGAGGACCCACAAAGGGAGGCAGGCCCUGUGGAGGCACUGAUGGCCCACUGGCUUGGUCAGGAAAGCAAACUCCCCCAGGAUUCCUUGGUUCAGCAUGAUGACAACAGAGCAGCAACCUACAGUCCUGGAUCUGCCCGCAGCACUACAAGUCGUCUAACUAUGGACAGCAGCUCCGUCUCUAGCUGUGCCUCUGUUGGGGAGGAACAACGUAGUUUGUCCUCCAAAGGACACAACCAAGGCAUUCCAGAAGAUUCAAGGCACGACCCCGCUAAACAGCCAGAGAAGGAAUUCUCCUUCAUGGAUGAGGAAGAUGAUGAGAUAAGAGUCUGAGAACGAUGUCUGGAGCCUUUCGCUUCCUUUGACUCAAGAAGGAAUAAUUUGCAGCUGAUUCUGGAAUAAAUAGUGUUGUGAAAAAAAUUGUUAGAAUGCUUUUGCCAGCUUUCUCCAUCUUUAGUUUUCAGCACCAUUGCCUCCUUAAACAGGCUGUUGGAGAAAUAAGGUGUUUUGGUGGGGGUGGGGCAAGAACCAGCUGGGGAAAAAAUCACAUUUAAAUGGCCUCUUUUUAUAUUUAAAAUUCUAGAAUCAUAGGAAUAAAGGACACCGCUUAUUUGAUAUAUGAAGAAACAUUCUUUCUAGGAGAAAACUCCAGUGUCAUGAAAAGUGUUUUAAAAAAACCAAGUGUUAUCUACUGGCUGUUUGAAGCAAUAUAGAGCUGAAUACUAGAACAAAGCUCAAAAAAACUAGUUUCCCUAUUAAUAUAUAUAUUUUCCCUUUACAUUUUUACUAGUACUUUUCUUUUCUUGUUGCUCGGGAGAAUACCAUUCUGGACCUGACACAACAUUGAAGGAUGCCGUAUAUUUGUAGAGAACAAAAACAUGGGAACUUGAAAUAACCAGAGCCUCCAAAUGUUUGGAAUCUAGCAGUUUUCUCCCUGUGGGCAGGCCUCUGGGAAGAUCUACCUACUUUGAAAACUAUGCUAGAAAUUUCUCAUUUGUGUUUCAUAUCAGAGCUGAUGGAACUCUUUGGGAAUACAAAUUGCAGGGGUGAGGUGAUGGGGAAAGCACAUUAUUACCUUUUGCCUUUUAUUUUGGCUCCUUCUUUUGGUCUGUUUGGAGCACACAAGAUGAUGCUAGCAUUUCUUUGAUGACUUAAAGCUUCCUUGAUUCUAAAUUGUGUCACCUUUUUGAUGGUAAUGUGAAAAUAUCUCUAUGUAGUGGAAUAUGUUUUGGAGAUACUCGGUUUAUCUCCCAAAGGCUGUUUAGAAUUCCCUGGUGUGAGGUGAAUCCCAAGAGCGGUGGUUAGUCUAGCUGUCCCAUUCCUAAAGAGAAGUCCAAAUCUUUGUCUGCCUCUUUUUUGUCUCCAGGCUCUUCCUCCUUGCGUAAGCAAAACAGGAUGUCCUGAGAGAUGUUUGUGUUGCUAGCGAAAACCAAUGGGGGAAUGUGGCUUACUGGCACGUCUACAGAUGUAAACUGAAAGUAGCCUAACCUGACACAGCUUCAUCCAUUCUUAGUUUGAGACUCUAGAAUUUCAGCAAGGCUGACCAAAGCACAAAGACGUUGGCACUCCCCUUUCCAAGGACAAUGGAGACACUGCACUGCUCAGUUCCUCCUCAUUGAAACUGCUUUCAGGGCCCUCCCACCCAGGAUAUUUGGGAGGUACUGCUGACAUUCCUGACUCCUAGUUUUGUCUUUUGGCCUUGCUUCACAUUUUGCUGGGCAUUAAGCACUCACUUUGGCCUUUUCUUAAUUUUAACUUUUUGUUCAUAUUGUACAUUAGAUUUGCCCAUCCUUUUGGGAGUAGGUCUUUCUCCCUUGGAUUGUGACUUUGUUGCGUGUGUACAGGUGUUUUGUCAGUGCAUCAGAUGGAGGACUUUUUAACAUGGAAGUAUGUUUGUUUUAAAAGGAAUUAAACUAUAGUAAAAAAACCACAA